GUCAUCUUCCCUACUUCACUACCCGCGACACAGCCUCCUGCUACCGCCGCCAGUGACCGCCCCCCAAAUUUUCUUCGUUUCUUGUCCUCCUCGAUAUUUCUUCAGCCUUCUUUUCCACAAGGGUCUCCGAACACCUCUUCUUUUCUUCUUCAGUUUCGAGAGUCACGUGCGGCGACCGGCCGCCGUCUCUUUUGAUCGGUUCUCCUUCUUCUUCUUCUUCAGAUAAUCGAAAAAGUUUAUCGUGUGGACAAAAUAUAACAGUCUUUUUGGUGAUACAAAACAAUUAAGAGGAAAUGGCAUCGCAACAAAAAGAAGAGGGAGAUCAGCAAAUGGGUGGUCUCCAAGCUGCUGGCUUUAAAGAAAUGGUAGAAGAACGAUAUAAGAAAAUCAAAGAACAUGCAGAAACUUACCCUUAUGUAUGGGCUUCUUAUAUUGUUGUAUAUGGUGGUUUUGGCCUCUGGAUGACCUAUAGAUGGAGAAAACUCCGCAAAACUGAAGAUCGGGUGAGAAUACUCCAAGAGAGACUGCGCAGACUGGUUGAAAAGGAAGAGUCGGCAAACUCUUUUAACUCAGUUGAAAAGACAACACCAUUUGCUGAUAAAUCCUUGAAGAAGUAGUUAGGUAAUUUACUAGUUGUGGUUCAUCUUCUCAUACCUGCUAAUUUAAGUUGGAAUUUGGAAAUGGUUUACCUCUUUGUCUUCCCAAAAUUCCCGGUGGAAUGAAUGAUAAUUUUCUUUUUGGUAAACUAUUCUACUGGUCUCAUUAAGUGUUGAUUACUUUUGCACUCUAUUUGUAAAAAAAUAUGAGCAGUGAAAAUUAGGCUUAAAAUCAA